GUGUAGUCGUGGUGGUGGUCCUGGUUGCUGCAGUCACACCGUCCACAAACGCCAAGAAGAUGCCACCCAAGAAAGUGGAGGAGCCGGAACGUAAGCCCCUGAUAGGCCGAGUUGGUACCAACCUCAAAGUCGGCAUUGUCGGAGUCCCCAACGUCGGCAAAUCCACUUUCUUUAACGUUCUCACCAAGAGCCAAGCUGCUGCAGAGAACUUUCCGUUUUGCACCAUUGAUCCUAAUGAAAGUCGAGUCCCAGUACCAGACCCUAGGUUUGACUACCUGUGUGAAUACUACAAGCCUGCUAGCAAAGUGCCCGCUUUCCUCAACGUAGUGGACAUUGCUGGUCUGGUGAAGGGAGCGGCUGAGGGCCAGGGGCUGGGCAAUGCCUUCCUCUCUCACAUCAAGGCAUGUGACGCUAUCUUCCAUCUCUGUCGGGCGUUUGAUGAUGACGAUGUGACACACGUAGAGGGAGAGGUGAACCCUGUCAGGGAUCUAGAGAUCAUCAUGGACGAGCUGAGACUGAAGGACAUGGAGUACACGGAACAGAACGUAGAGAAGCUGGAGAGGACGGCUGUCCGGGGCAAUGACAAAAAACUCAAACCUGAAUAUGAUUUCAUGGUGAAGGUAAAACAUAUAUUGGACGAUGACAAAAAACAGCUAAGGUUCAAUGACUGGAAUGCUUUGGAGAUAGAAAUGCUCAAUAAACACAUGUUCUUGACAACAAAACCUGGAAUAUACUUGAUAAACCUUUCUGAGAAAGACUACAUUAGGAAGAAAAACAAAUGGUUGGUGAAGAUAAAAGAGUGGGUUGACAAGAAUGACCCUGGCUCAACCAUGAUCCCGUUCUCUGGAGUGUUUGAGAACAAGUUGGCUGACAUGGAUCCUGUCAACAGGACCAAGUUUCUGGAGGAUAACAACACUACCAGUGCCCUGGAUAAAAUUAUUGUGCAAGGUUACAAGGCUCUACAGUUGCAGUACUUCUUUACAGCUGGUCAUGAUGAAGUUAAAGCUUGGACUAUCCAGAAAGGAACAAAGGCCCCACAAGCUGCUGGAAGAAUCCACACAGAUUUUGAGAAAGGCUUCAUCAUGGCUGAGGUUAUGAAGUUUGAUGACUUUAAAGAAGAAGGAUCUGAAGCAGGAUGCAAGGCUGCUGGCAAGUACAGACAACAAGGACGACAAUAUGUGGUGGAUGAUGGUGAUAUCAUUUUUUUCAAGUUUAAUGCAGGAGCAGGAUUGAAAGACCCUAAGAAGAAAUCAUAACAGGACCACUUUCAAUCAUUCUGGGACUUUUACAACGUAAAAGUUUUUAUUUUAAUUUAACUAUCUUGAAUUGGAUUGUGCAUUACGAUUGACAAUUACAGCUGUCUAAACCCAAGUUUUUA